GUACGAUGGCCUUGCGGCGGUGGAUAAGUAACUACACGCGCCAGCGUCGACCGUCCGUGUCUUCCGUUGACCUGCGCGGCAUUCCGUCCGCUGAGUUCACUUUUAAAGCGGUCUCCCUCGGCCUGCUCAUUGGCUGUCUGCUGUGCUUCACGAACCUCUACUUUGGGUUACAGACGGGAUGGAUUAGCAUAAUGUCGCUACAGUCUGCCUUGAUAGGCUUCCUCAUGUCCAAGUUCUUCCCCAAACCGAUUACUGCGCAAGAGAACAUCGUGAUUCAGACUACUGCUGCUGCAACUGGUACUAUGCCCCUCGCUGCAGGAUUCGUCGGUAUACUGCCGGCCCUUGGCCUACUAGACGAAGCCCGCGACGGUGUACCCGCGAUUCACUUAUCCUGGUGGUCGGCCAUAGCGUGGUCACUCGCUGUCGCGUUCUUUGGUGUCUUUCUAUCACCGCCGCUCCGCAAACGAGUGAUUAUCGAAGAACAACUAGCGUUCCCAUCCGGAACUGCGACGGCACAGCUUAUCUCUGUCCUGCACGACCUGCCCCCACCUGACACCACAGUUUCCCGGCGCCGAGGUUACAGGGAGCUUGAGCACGACGACGACGCUCGGGAACCGCCCACAAGUCCAGAUGUUGCCGAGGAAGGUGGUUUACUUGAAGAAGCUGAAGCCAUCACCGCCCAACCGGAGGGGUGGUCUGCGUUGAUCUGGAGCUUUGCAGCUUCUGGAACCAUGACUCUCCUGGCAUACUUCUUCCCUGUUGUGUUCUCGAUCCCACUUUUUGGAAGAUACCUUGCUCAGGAGUGGCUCUGGACGUUUACGCCUAGCUUGUCAUAUGUCGGUCAAGGUAUCAUUAUGGGUUUCCCCACGACACUCAGUAUGAGUCUGGGUAUGCUCGUUGGCUGGGGCAUCCUGUCUCCCAUCUCUAAGCGCGCCGGCUGGGCCCCCGGACCUGUAGGCGACAUGACGACAGGUGCACGCGGCUGGAUUCUCUGGGUGUCGCUCGCGAUUAUGUGCGCGGACAGCCUUGUCUCGCUACUGCCCGUCAUCUACGAGGUCAUAGUAGAGAAGCUACUGCCGUCAGCUCUCUACUACAGGCUGUCCAACGAUACCCAAGACUCUGGGGACAAGGAGUUCGAGACUGAGGAUCGACUCGUCCCCAUGAAGUGGGUAUGGUGGGGUCUCGGUGGUAGUGUCACCUUCGGAACAAUACUGGUAUGGGCAGUCUUCGGGCACGAGGGCAUUACGCCUUGGGCUACCGUCAUUGGCUAUGUUGUUGGUGCACUACUGAGUGUCCUUGGCGUACGUGCACUUGGAGAGACAGACCUCAACCCUGUGAGUGGACUGGGCAAGAUCAGCCAGCUCUUGUUUGCUUGGAUCCAACCGGGGAACGUCGUUGCCAAUAUCAUUGCUGGCGGUGUUGCCGAGGCAGGCGCCCAACAGGCGGGCGAUCUCAUGCAAGAUCUAAAGACGGGACACCUGCUUCACGCGUCUCCACGGGCUCAGUUCUACGGACAGUUAAUUGGCUCAACGCUCUCCAUUCUGGUCACAUCGACGGCCUAUUCGCUCUACACGAAGGCGUACCAAAUCCCUGGCCCCUCUUUCCCGGCACCAACCGCAUAUGUCUGGCUAAGUCUGGCCCGUCUUCUGCGUGAUGGCAAAUUGCCCGAGAAGAGCGGGGCGUAUAUGAUUCUCUUCGGCCUUAUUUUUGGCAUCGUCGCAGCCUUCAAGACCUACGCCGCACGCAAAGAGUUGUAUUAUGUGAAAUGGAUCCCGUCCGGCAUCGCGUUCGCCGUUGGUUUCCUCAACACGCCCUCGUUCUCAAUUGCGCGUCUUAUCGGCGGCGUGGCCGAGUACUGGUACUACAAGCGCAUGGGCGGCAAGGAGAAAGGUGGCAUCCGACUAAUUAUCAUCGCAAGCGGCUUUGUUCUGGGAGAGGGUGUUGUCAGCGUCAUUUCGCUUGUUUUUAGGACCUGGGGUAUCGGCGUUGCGAGCUGUUGGGGCUGCAUACCUGGAUUGUGUGGAGGAUGUCCUGCGUAAACUUACAUGGGUUAUUCGUUCUUUGGAAUAUCAUCAUACAUCUCACACUUAUGUCGUCGACCCGUCCGUCACUCUACGGGCUGAGCCUUGCCACCACCAAACGCAUAACCAUCGUUCGUCCCUAAGUUCCAUAACUUGGAACGCAGAUCAGACUUCGUACCCAUUAUCAUCACACACGCACUCAGAAACCAGCUGCAGUCUUUACCUCAGCCUCUCCUCCAUUUCUGCAGUUCAC